AUGUCUCGGCCACAGAUUGGUAUAGACCGUCUUCCAGUGCGACGUUCGAGCCACGAACCAAAGGAAGCCAUGAACUGCAAGAGUUGUCGCAAGAGAAAGAUCAAGUGUAACCGUCUGCGACCGUCUUGUGAGGCCUGCCAAGUCUUCAACUGUGACUGCAUCUAUGAUGCGGUUCCCAAGAAACGAGGCCCGAAAACCGACGUGCUCGAAGCAUUGCUGAAACGCGUCAAUGGAUUGGAAAAGCGAUUGAAAGAUGAAGGGAAAGAUCCGGACGACAACACACAAGAGGUGACAAUUGCGGAAAGCGUGAGAGAUGCAGUGGACAAGAAGCCGACGAAGAACGCCCUUACUCCGCCAGAUGCUGUUCCACCGGCAGCCGAAACACAGCCAACGCAGCAACCACGACCGCAACCCCCACAGCGUCAUCCAAGCAUAGGCUUCCCUGAACAAUUCGUGCGCCAACAAGCGCCAUCCGCUCUCCAGAACAAUACCCUACUCGAUGCCUACUUCACGCGAAUACACAGCAAGCCAUACUAUAUUCUUGAUGAGGCCGCGACUCGUCAAAGAUGGCAGACUGGCCAAUUGCCUCCAAGCGUCAUCAACGCCAUCCACGCCGUCACUGCUCGGUUUGCACCCCAGCAUCUCGGUGGACACAACGCUGCAGUCCGUCACAGCGAAGAAUGUGCAGUGCGUGCUCGCAAUCUCACCGACAUCGACGAUCCGACCAUCGAGAACGUACAAGUCCUGCUCUUACUCUCGAAUGCCUUCUUCCAAGCUGGCAAGGGCAAAAAGUCGUAUAUGCUUCUAACCAGUGCUAUCAGUAUGGCAUACGCCCUCAGCCUGCAUCGAGAGCUUCCUGCUGGACUCCGCAUAUCACCGAACGAACGAGAGGGACGUCGCAAAUUAUUCUGGACCUGCUACGUUAUGGACCGUUUCCUUGCCUCGGGAUCCAAGCGACCCUCCCUUAUCGCAGACGAGGCCAUAUUCCUACGAUUACCCGGUUGGCAAUCCGAUUCUACCUCGAUACCUUACGAGGGCAACUUCUUUUCUAACGGAGUCAAUCUACCAAUGUCUUCCGGACCUGGAAGAUUACAACAAAGUGGUGGAUCCAUGUUGAUCGAGAUUGCAAGAAUCCUGGGCAUCACAAAUCGCUACCUUGCCGCAGGCGGUGUUAAAGGCGACUCGCAUUUCCCAUGGCACGCUCAGUCCAAUCUAUCCAAGAUCCGACAAGAUCUGGACACUUGGGCUUCAGGCGCCCAAGAUGCAUUCUUGUCGAUAGAGACACUGUUCGGUCAGACAGAAAGCCAGACAUUGGUCUUGAGCAAGUUGGUCUAUCAUCUGAUCCACUGUCUGAUAUAUCGUCCUUUCCUGCCUAUUGACUUGACCGAACUUUCUGGGACUGGCCAGCAUCAAUCAUGGCAGAUCGAAGCCACAAAUCUCUGUUUCUUGCAUGCCAAUGCCAUUUCAGAAUUGACGGAAAUAGGCAAGCAUUCGUCCAUCACAGAUUGGCCUGCCUUUGUCGGUUAUUGUCUUUGCACUGCUGGAACUAUUCACGUGCAUGGUGCACACUACCCCAGCCGAGAAGGCGACGUUUUUACUCGCAGUGCUGAAUUUCUUUCCAAAGAAAUGUCCCAGCUAUCAGAAAUGCGCAUCAUCUGGGCCGGAGUUCAGCAUCAACGAGAGACGUUGCAGACAGUCUAUGGCUGUCAUUCCCAGCUGGUGAAAUCGCUAGCCACCAACCCCAUGCGUUUCUCGCCUGUCUUCCAGAUGGAAGAUUUCUUUGACCGAUAUCCUGGACAGUUCAUUGAUGGAGCGCACAUUACAUUCACUGACAUUACGGUCGAAGCUCUGCACGAGAGUCUGCCGGCAUACAAUGCCUAUAACAACACCAACGGCAGCACCAAUACCUGGCAAUGGACAUCCCAAGCUCAGGGUGGUCCCUCAAUAUCACCCUCCGCUACGGCAACCGCCAAGCCAUCUAGUCAUAUGAACAACGACCGCCAUGUCUCCACAGCAAGUCGCAAACGUCGACGGACCAACGAUGCGUUAAGCACCAGCCCUCCAAACCUUCCCGCCGUGAUAAACGACCCGGCACUAAAUCCUCUAUCACCACAUCCGGAUUUCACGAAUAAUCCGUUGACUUCACCGGCUGCUGCUCAGCCACCUCACACCUCAGCGGCAGAUGAAAACCAGACGUUUUCGCAAAAUCCGCUUUCGCCAUCCUUUUCCUUCUCACCAUGGCAAUCUCACCUCUCUCUUCCAUCAGACCCAAAUCUCAACCCGGCACAAUUCGAUAAUCUGUUCAGUAUCCCUGGACAAAACCAUACAGCUGUGUUCGAUCAACAGACGCCAGGAGGAAUGUCGGCGAAUGGCAGCGUCAAUACAGAAGGAGACAAAGAUCCAUUCAUGAGUCUGCUAGAACAAUUGGCCGAGAACGAACAAACCGGGCAUGGAGGACCCAGCGAUUUGGACUUCUUCUUGAGUUCGAAUGGCGGACAAGGAUGA